AUGGCCGCGAAAGCGCAAGCCGCGCCUAUCUCCAGGACCUCCAGCUGCCUCUGUGGUGCCGUCAGCAUCACCUUCGAGGGCUUCGAUAAAGGCGCCGUACUAUGUCACUGCAGCAAUUGCAAGUCAGCAUCUGGGAGCGCGUUCAUGCACAACCAUCGUCUGCUGAAAGCGGAUAUCCACAUCACCCAGGGGCUACACUGCCUGCGCGAAUAUGCCGAUUCUGCGACCACAAGUGGAAACACACUAUACAGACACUUCUGUAGCAACUGCGUAAGCUUCCGUUCCUCGCAGUGGAGCCACGAGAGGGUUUGCUGAGGGUGCUUUGACAGGGGAGCCAGUUGUACUUGACGAACUCGAAAAUCGCAGGCUUUGUGGCAAUCAACGCUGGCAACAUGCAAGGCGAAAGGGCAGGGCCUUUUAUGGAGCUCUUCCUCGAUAACAAAUACCCCUGGAUUGGAGACGUCACAGGGAAAGAAGUCAAAGCGAAGCUGUGA